AUGGGGAAGAUGAGCACGGGAAAAAGAUCCCAGCAUUCAGCCAGAAGAGGCUUGAUUUUCUUCAUGAUGAUUACAAUAUUGGAGGUUUCUGGACAGAUUCAGUACUCAAUUCCUGAAGAAAUGCAGAAAGAAUCAUUGGUGGGGGAUAUUGCAGUAGACCUGGGAAUGGACAUGAAGGAAACAGGCAACAAAGUCCGCAUUGGUUGUGGAGGUAGGAUCCAAUAUUUUGCUUGGAAUUAUGAAACUGGCCGUUUAUACACUGCAGAAAGAAUAGACAGAGAGGAGAUCUGUGGCAGAACACAGAAGUGUCUGUUGAAGUGUGAUGUGAUUGUUGAAAAUAAAAUGAAAGUGUAUGCAGUCGAAGUGGAAAUUACAGAUAUAAAUGAUAAUGCUCCCCACUUCCCACCCGGAGAACAAGAACUGACUAUCAGUGAGACUUCUGCUCCAGGAUCUCGAUUCCCCCUGCCUGAAGCUCAAGAUCCAGACCUAGGCAUAAAUUCUAUACAGAACUACCAGCUCAUUGGCAGUAGCCAUUUUGCUUUGGCUGUUCAAAUGGGAGAAAAUGGUGCCAGACAUGCAGAGCUGGUUUUGGAAAGCUCUCUGGACAGGGAGGAGCAGUCAGAGUAUGAGCUAAUCCUUAUAGCAUCUGAUGGGGGCGAUCCAAUCCGAUCUGGAACCGCUCAAAUUCAAGUCAGUGUUCUAGAUGCAAACGACAAUGCUCCAAUUUUCAGUCAAUCUGUCUAUCAAGUGAGUGUCAAAGAGAAUUUCCAGACAGGAUCCACAGUCUGCACAGUAACCGCCACUGAUAAGGAUGGAAUUAACAAAGAGUUAAAUUAUUCCUUCAAAAAAAUUGGAGAGACUGCUUCACAAAUGUUCGUCCUAAAUUCCACUACAGGUGAAAUAACAUUAGCAGGGAUCCUUGACUAUGAGGAAUUGCCUCUUUAUGAAUUUGAGGUACAAGCAAAGGAUGGAGGAGGGUUGUUUGACAGAGCCAAAGUACUGAUAACAGUUACUGAUGUGAAUGACAACAUACCCCAGAUAGAAGUAACUUCACAAGUCAACUCAGUGUCUGAGGAUUCACCAGCAGGGACAGUCAUCGCCCUUUUAAAGAUACACGAUCAAGAUUCUGGAACCAAUGGGAAAGUCUCUUGUUCCAUUGACACCAACCUGCCUUUUCAGCUGGAGAAAACUUACAAUAAUUACUACAGUCUGGUGACAGAGAGCGCUCUGGACAGGGAGCAUAUGCCGUUUUACAAUAUCAUCAUUGGCGUCACUGAUCAUGGGAUGCCUCCACUUUCAACCAGCUGCACACUCUUACUCCAGAUUUUAGACACAAAUGACAAUCCUCCCCUCUUUACAGAAACAACCUAUGCCUGCUACCUGAUGGAGAACAACCCAAGAGGAUCGUCUGUUUUCUCACUCAAGGCAGAUGAUCCAGAUUGGGAGGAGAACUCCAGAAUAACUUAUUCCAUCAUAGAAAGUCAGAUGGAUGACUCCUUCUCCUCCUCCUAUCUCUCCAUUAAUUCUGAGACUGGGGUAGUCUAUGCCCUGCAUUCCUUCGAUUAUGAAGACUUGGUGGAGAUACAUUUCCAGGUCAAGGCUCGGGAUGGAGGCUCCCCACCACUCAGCUCCAAUAUCUCAGUGACUCUCUUUAUUUUAGAUCAGAAUGACAAUGCCCCCCAGAUCUUGUACCCUUCUGUCCCCAUCGAUGGCUCCACUGGAGUAGAGUUGGCCCCCCACUCUUCUGAGCCUGGCUACCUGGUCACUAAGGUGGUGGCAGUGGAUGCAGACUCUGGCCAGAAUGGAUGGCUCUCCUAUCAGCUACUCAAGGCCACAGAGCCAGGGCUCUUCUCCAUAGGACUCCACACUGGGGAGAUCAGGACGGCCCGUUUCCUUCUGGACAAGGAUGCUCUCAAGCAAAGCCUGGUGGUUUUAGUGAAGGACAAUGGGCAGCCCCCUCUGUCUGCCUCAGUCACAGUCACUGUGGUGCUGGCCGACAGCAUCCCUGAAAGCCUCUCUGAUAUUAGCAGCAUCCCAGCUCCUGCAGACCCCCAGUCGGACCUCACCUUCUACCUGGUGGUUGCUGUGGCUUUUGUCUCCUGCUUGUUUUUCACCUUCCUCCUUGUUUUACUGGCACUCAGACUUCACAAAUGGAGGAAUUCUCAGUUAUGUGAUUCUGCAAGCAUGAAUUUCAGUGGCGUCCCAGUUUCACAGUUUGUGGGUAUUGAUGGAGUCCGAGCAUUUCUUCACUCUUAUUGCCAAGAAAUUUCACUCACCGCAGACUCUAGGAAAACCAAAUGCACAUUUCCCAAUGCAGAUAAUUCCAAUGCACUAACUGAUCAACAGAUAGAGGAUCCCAUCCUCAUUGUGGAAGACAUUGGUACUGGGAAUCAGGCCUUUGUCCAGGUAAGCGAAGAAUAUGUGAUUUAUGUGUUGCAUUAA